GCUUCAUACAGCCGCAUUCUCUUGUGCUUACAAUCACACCGAAGCCUGCAUCGCCACCACUGCAUUGGGUAGAGCUCUGCCCUUUCUAAAAAGCGUGCUUUAUUUUUCUUUCUCUAUUUUGCAGCUCAUGCGAGCAUCGCAAGAGCGAGAGCUUCCCCGCUUGACGAUAGCUAUUUGUUGGUUUCACCUGUUCGCGGCACCUCCGCUGACGUCACCCACACUUCCACCCCCCCCCCCGUCCUUCCCCGUGUAGUCCGUCGUUGUUUCAAUAAACUCCUCUGUCUGUUACUAUUGCCGCGGUCCAACGCGGCUGCUUCUUUGUUUUGCCGCCUUCCCGUGCGUUGUUUGUCUGUCACAAGUAAUCGUGCUCGCCACACACACACACACACACACACACCGCGUGCCCUCCCCGCUUUACCUUUCCUCGACCGUACGUAGGAAAGGAAGAAAACCCCGAGAAGUGGAGAGUGAGGGCGACGGCAGAGCGCAAUGGGCUUCGUCUUAUCGUCCGGGGCGGCGCUCCGUCCCACGCCGCCCCCUUCGCCAGAGCCCCCAAGCAACGGACGAACCCUCUUCCACGAAGCGCUUUUCCUCAACAGCCAAAACGCUCUGGGCACGCAGAACCUCAACCAGGUGGUGCGCUCUGUAUUCGAUGUCAUCUCAGCCGGUCCGCCAGCGGCAUUGCCGUCGCCACCGAAUCUGCGCUCCUCGUCUGGUCGGCGCGGCCCGCAAGUCUUUAUGUCGAGCAGUGGGAACGCGGACGCGUUGUUCUUAAUCGCCGCCCUCGGCCGCAUGACGGAGCUGCUGCGGCAGAUGGAGGAGCACGGGUCGCAGCGGCCGGCCGCGCCGGAGGUCGUCCGUUCUAUCGCACGGUGCCUCCUGACGGCGAGGCUGGCACGCGCGUUGAGCUCGCUGCGGCACUCACCGGACAACUCCAGCUGCACCAUCUGUUGCCGCACCUUCCAUGAGAUGUUGGCAGGCGAAGCCAUCCUGGCCGAGCGCGACGAGGAGGAGAGUCAGUCGAAGUCCAGCGCAGCCGUCGGCGGCCUGCCAGACGUGCUGCUCUUCCCGUGCCACCACGCCUUCUGCUCCACCUGUGCGGAGCAGUGGCUUACGCAGUCCGACUUGUGUCCCAACUGCCGGCAGUCCGUUACAGCAGUGAUGAAAGAGUCACCGCGUGGCGCAGUGCCGCAGUGGUGGCUGGACGCCACGCGCGAUGAUCCGUCGUCGUCGGAAGAGGCUGAAGAAAGCGCCCACACGGAUACGCAAUCGCAGUCGCAGCCGCAGGAGCAGUCGCAGUCGAAGCCGCAGCCGCAGGAGCAGGAGCACGAAGAGCAACAAGCCGACAGCGCGGCGGCCACGGUUGACGGCGAGAAGCAGGUAAAGCAGGAGGAUGAGACGGGCGACGACGACGACGGCAGCCAAUCUUCACGGAGGCAAACCGCCGAGUUACUGCCGUCUACCGCGGACGCCGGUGAUGGCACGUCGCCUGUGCUGAAAAGCACGCGCCUCCAGCCACGCCUCUUGUCGGCGAGUUACCGUGCGUUGAGGGCGGGUGAGGAGGAGGUGGCAGAGCGGCCGCAGCAGCGCCGCCUGAGUGGGAUGCCGCAAGGCGCGCGUACGCAGGGGCGGCGCUGGCAGAGCGACGCAGUGGCUGACCGAACGGACGGUGCGGGUGGCGUUGAGGCUCGCAACGCGGGGGUCAUGGCGCUAGGCGGAACCCCGUCAGCGUCAGAGACAGCGCUCGAGGGAUCACAGGAGGGAGACGCGUUUGUGGAGGAGGUGGGCCUUCCCAGCGCCGCACGAUGGAUGCCGCACACGCCGCCAUCUCCUCCCUCGUAA